AAUUGUAGAAAAGCUCCGAGCUCGCGAGGGUUUAGCAAAAAUGGAGACUGCAAAAGACACCAUACACCACGACGUCGGUUUGGAGGCCGACGGCGACGACGAUACGCCGGCGCUAAGCUCUCAUGCACUAGAAGCACUUAAAGAGUUCCUCGACGAACAGAAUCGAGCACUAGCGGAAGCUUCGUCAGCUGCGGCGGUGGAGAAACAAGGGGAGGAUGCGGUGGCUCUUGUGACGGAGGAUUGGCGGCUCAGCCAGUUCUGGUACGAUCGCGAAACAGCUGAAACCGUCGCCGCUGAAGUCCUCGCUCUUUGCCAGUCGAUUGAUUCGCCGGCGGUUGCUUGCAUUGCUUGCCCCACGCUUUACGCUUACCUCAAGAAAAUUGACCCUAAUGUGCCAGCACAACUUUUGGAGUAUGACAAACGGUUUGAACAAUAUGGAAGCGAGUUCACAUUCUACGACUACAACCAACCAGAAGAUCUUCCUUCAUCAUUGAAACACUCAUAUCCAAUAAUUGUUGCAGAUCCUCCUUACCUGAGUCGGGAAUGCUUAGAGAAAGUUGCUCAAACAAUUUCUUUUCUCAUGAGACCAGGAGAACCUUACUUGCUUUUACUCACAGGUGAAGUGCAAAUUGAUAGGGCUUCGGAGCUCUUGGGUUUACGUCCAUGCGUUUUUAGGCCACAUCACUCGAGCAAACUAGGCAAUGAGUUUCGACUGUUUACAAACUAUGACCCAGGGACGAGGCUAGGUGGCUGGGAGCAGGCGUAACAAACGCAUGUUCAAUCGGAAAUCCUCUUCACCAAAAAUGUUGUAGGUUGACAGUGGUUCGUGACAGAAGCUUUCUAAAUCAUAUUUCAAGCUAGCAACAUCCUUUCAUGAAAUAUUGUUUGUACACCUUCUUCAGUUACCUAAACAUACCUAAAAGAACAAAAUAUUAGAAAUAACUAUAUAGCUCUAUUCUGGUUUCACGCUAUUUAAGGUGCUUGAAAACCCAGUAUCCGUACAACUUGUCAAAUUUUGUCGGCGUUUUACCCUCAGUUCUGCCUUAUCCAUCUUUACCUUGUGUUCAUUUAUAGGUUUUUUCA